AUGCCACUAUUGACCAGGUUAUUGAAGCCGUUAUGGACCCUCUAUCUCCUCUCGGCUAUACUCUAUACUACCUCAGUGGUUGUGCUCUUUCCGGGCUUCCGUCUGCUUUUCCAGGGGAUCUUCAACAGCCACCAGUCUGCCGGCGACCCCACCUUCUCAGCCCUCCAAACUUCCACCAUCCAAAUUGUACCCAGGCUUCUUCCCAAUCACCACAUCGAUUUACAUUCGCUUUAUCACCUGAAAAUCAGGAAGAACCUCAAAGGCACCUCCGUCAACACUGACGAGGUAAUUGCCGAGGAUGACGCGUCGUUGUGGACAGCGAAGACCGGCAAAGUUUCCCUCAGAGUCUCCUCUCCCACUUCCUUCCGACGCACCGCUGAUGGCCGGCCGAUCCCGCCCCGGAGUACCCUGAAAGGCUUCGACCCGUCUCUCUCAGACAAGGUGGAUUGGCACCCGGUCGGUCACAACCUCUCUGGACAAGCCGCUAGUCGAGACCAUCUACUCCAAUCGGCUCGAAAGGAGACCCAUUCAACUACUGAAGAUUUCUUCUUAUCCAAAGCCUUCUCCGAUAGCUUAGGCCCGAGCAAAAUCAUUCCAUUCUUUUACAAGGCUAUCGGACCGGAUCAAUCCGGUGUGAUCGACCCGAAGGAUAUCUCAAUUACAACACUCGUUACCAGUAACCGGUUCAAGGUCUUUGCCAAGCUUGUGGAAAACUACCAGGGGCCCAUCUCGGCUACUAUCCACGUCUCGGAUUCACCCGGGAUCCUGCAGCCGUUGCUCGAUAGUCUAGACGAGCUCUACCACAGUUCCAAGUCGAUGUCAACUUGGGUGGAUAUUCAUUUGGUGGUUGAUUCGUUUGAUAGACAGUUUAACAUGUGGCGAAACGUGGCCAAGUUUUUCGCACGGACAGACUACGUGAUGAUGUUAGAUGUAGACUUCUGGAUAUGUACAGACUUCAGGCGGCGGAUCCUUGAUUCACCGGAGCUGAUGGACCAGCUGGCGGCGGGCACGAGUGCGUUUGUGAUUCCGGCGUUCGAGUACACCAAGCAGUCAGACGGCGUCGACCCAGACGGGUUCCCAUCCGAUAAACAGGCCCUCAUGAAACUUGUCUCAUCCGGCCAGAUCGGCAUGUUCCAUAAGAGCUGGAUGCCCGGCCAUGGCUCAACUAAUUAUACUCGCUUCUACAUCGCCGACCAGCUUGAUCAGAUUUAUCCUGCCUCCGGUUAUUCUCAUAGUUACGAACCUUACGUGGUUUAUAAGAAAGAUAAGACCCCUUAUUGCGAUGAAAGAUUCAUCGGUUAUGGGGCUAACAAAGCAGCAUGUAUAUUCGAGUUGUACCUCUCUGGGGUAUCAUUCUACGUGCUCCCGCAAGACUUCUUAAUCCACCAGUCCCACGCCUAUGCCGAGAAAACCAGACACCACGAACGCAGAUUCAACCGGAAGCUAUACUCAGACUUCCGGGAAGAGGUGUGUUUUCGAUACUUUAACGAGUUCUUGAAGCUUGGUGUUGUGCAUGAAAAAGGCCAAAACAUGUUGGGUGAAUGCAAGAGAAUUAGAGGCUUUGCAGAAGCCGCAGCUAGGCUUGGUCAAGCAAAUCUGGUGUCUAUAAACUUUAAAAAGUAG